CAGAUUUUGUCCCGCCUGUCCACCGUGACGGGAGGGGGGGUCGCUCCCUGGCGCGCAUGCGCCGGUGUGUGCCCCCCCCCCCCAGCCCAAUCCACUGCGCAUCAUGGCGGCGGCCGGUGCUGGGGGGACGGGCGGCGCCCUGCGGGGCUGGGUGCGGGACUUCGUGGCCGGGCAGCAGGACGGGCGGGCGGCCGAGGUGGCGGCAGGGGUGAAAGCGGGAAGCUGGACCAUCUUGGAGAUCGUGGAAGCCCUGGGGUCCUGCCUUGAGAACACAGAACCUCGCAUGCGUGGGCGAGGCCUCCAGCUGCUCUCCCAGGUGCUGCUCCACUGUCACUCCUUGCUCCAAGAGGAAGAAGUGACGCACCUGGUCCUGUUCUGUGAGAACCGGCUGAAGGAUCAUCACCUUGUGAUCCCUGCUGUGCUGCAGGGACUCCACGCGCUGAGCAUGUGCGAGGUGCUGGCCCCAGGCCUGGCUGUGUCCGUGCUCAAAGCCAUCUUCCAGGAGGUGCAUGUUCAGUCCCUGCCACAGCUGGAUCGCCACACGGUCUACAGCAUCAUCACCAACUUCAUGCGCACCAGAGAGGAAGAGCUGAAGGGCCUGGGCGCCGACUUCACUUUCGGCUUCAUCCAGGUGAUGGACGGGGAGAAGGACCCUCGCAAUCUGCUGGUUGCCUUCCAGAUCGUCCGCGACCUCAUCCUCAAGGACUAUGUGCUGGGUCCCUUCGUGGAGGAACUCUUUGAAGUGACGUCCUGCUACUUCCCCAUUGAUUUUACUCCUCCCCCCAAUGACCCUCAUUGCAUUCAGAGAGAGGACCUGAUUGUGAGCCUCCGGGCUGUGCUGGCCUCCACACCCCAGUUUGCCGAGUUCCUGCUGCCGCUGCUAAUCGAGAAGAUGGACUCGGAGAUGCAGAGCGCCAAGCUGGACUCCCUGCAGACCCUGGGCGCCUGUUGUACCAUCUACGGGCAGAAGGAGCUGCAGGAAUUUCUCCCCAGCCUCUGGUCAUCCCUGCGCAGGGAGGUGUUCCAGACGGCCAGCGAGAAGGUCGAGGCGGAGGCUCUGGCUGCGCUGCACAGCCUGGCUGCCUGCCUGUCCCGCUGCGUGCUCAGCUCAGACGCUGAGGACCUGCUAGACUCCUUCCUGAGCGGCAUCCUGCAAGACUGCAGACGCCAUCUGUGCGAGCCUGAUAUGAAGCUGGUGUGGCCGAGCGCCAAGCUCCUGCAGGCAGCGGCGGGCGCCUCCUUCCGAGCCGGCCACCGGAUCACCAGCAGCGUCGUGCCCCUGCUGCUGGAGCAGUACCACCAACACCCGCAGAACAGCCAGCGGAGGACAAUCCUGGAGAUGCUUCUGGGCUUCUUGGAGCUGCAGCAGAAGUGGGGGCAUGAGGAUGAAGAGGAGAGCGCCCUGCUGUGUUCCCGAGCCCCGCUCUGCUCCGUGCUGUUCUCGGCGCUGACGGACCCCAGCGUGCAGCUGCAGUUGGUGGGGAUCCAAGCCCUGACCGUCCUGGGCACGCUGCCAGGCCUCCUGGCUCCCCCCGAUGUGCAGCUGGUCGUGGAUCACCUGACCCGGCUCAUCUUGCAUGCGGACGAUUCCCAGAGCUGCAUGGCCGCAAUGGAGGCCGCAGGAUCUCUGGCCCCCAUCUACCCAGGGGCCUUCACGGGGCGCAUGGCGCAGAGGCUCGCAGAGGAGUUGCAGUCAGAGCGGGAGGAGGAGGGCAGGCAAUCCCCGCACUCCCUGCGGGCCCGCUGCCUGCAGGCGCUGGCAGCGGUGUCCACACACCCCAGGAUAGUGCGAGAGACGGUUCCUGUCCUGCUGCAGUGUCUGCAGCAGGUGCCGAAAGGGAACGUGCCGGUGGGGGCCUGCGACCUGGUGGCCGUGUGCCAGAGCCUGCAGCGGGUGGCCCUGCAGUGCCAGCGGGAUGCCGAGAGCUGCUGGUACUGCCACCGGACUGUGGUGCCCCGCCUGCUUGCGGAGGCGGUGCAGGCCGCCAUGCAAGAGAAUGCCCAUUCGCCACUGGGGAAGCUGCUGCUGGAGGAGGAUGUCUUGACUGCCAUGGUGCCCGUCAUCAGCGCGGCCAGCGCCCACCUGUGCCCUGAGCUGGCUGCCCAGAGCGUCUCGCAGGUGGUGCCCCUCUUCCUGGAUGGGGAGGUCUCCUUCCUGCCUCAGGACAGCUUUCCCUGCCCCUUCCAGCCCUUCCAGGGCGGGCAGCACAUGGCAGCACAGAGACGCCUCGUCGCCCUGCUCAUGGCCUUCGUCUGCGCCUUGCCCAGGAACGUGCCGAUUCCCCAGCAGGACAGGCUGCUGCAGGAGCUGCUGGCUCUGAGCUGCUCCUGCCACUGCCCCUUCACAGCCACCGCGGCUGCUAAGUGCUUCGCGGGGCUGGUGAACAAGUCCCCGGCAGGGCAGCAGCUGGACCAGCUCUUGGAGACAGCAGUGAACAGGAUGGAGGCCGGCCUUGCCGAGGGCCCGCUCAGAACCCAGGCCCUCACCCUGCUCCUCUGGGUGACCAAAGCCCUGGUGCUGCGCUACCAUCCGCUGAGCUCCCGCCUGACAGACAAGUUGCUGGGCCUCCUGGGCGACGCUGAGCUGGGCCCCGCGGUGGCCGACGGCUUCUCCCUGCUCAUGGCCGACUCCCCCGACGUGCUGCACAAGGGGUGUCACGCCGACGUGCGCAUCAUGUUCCGCCAGCGCUUCUUCACCGACAACGUGCCCAAGCUGGUCCAGGGCUUCCAUGCCGCCGGCCCCGGCGUGAAGGCAAAUUACCUGAAGGGCCUGUCUCAUGUGCUGAACCACCUGCCCAGGCCGGUGCUGGUGACGGAGCUGCCCACGCUGCUGUCUCUGCUGCUCGAGGCCUUAUCCUGCCCAGACCGCGUGGUGCAGCUCUCCACCCUCAGCUGCCUGCAGCCCCUGCUGCUGGAGGCGCCGCAUGUCAUGAGCCUGCACGUCGACACCUUGGUCACCAAGUUCCUGGGCCUGACCUCUAGCCCCGCCAUGGCCAUCCGCAUUGCUGCGCUGCAGUGUGUCCAUGCGCUCACCAGCCUGCCCAUCCCCGUGCUGCUCCCGUACAAGCCGCGUGUGAUCCGGGCCCUGGCCAGACCCUUGGACGACCUGAAGCGGCUGGUGCGGAAGGAGGCGGUGGUGGCCCGUGGGGAAUGGUUCCUGCUGGGGAGCCCAGGCAGGUGAGGCCCUGCACGAGCUCCUGCACUGACUGACAAUCGAACCAGGACCCACUCACCAGCCAAGCCCUUCAGCCGCUGCCCUGGCCCAAGCUUCCCAGAGCGGGGAGGGAAGGGCGGCCGGAGGCCAGCCUGCUCCAAGCACAACGGCGGAGGUGCGGGGCGGCCCUGCUCCUGCUGGCUGCAGUGCUGGAGGGAAGGCAGGCGCCUGGCCGUGCACACUUACAGGCAGCGCAUGGAAUCCAUGGGCCAGCCGAAUAAACACACGUUUUGCUAA